UUCUAUGCAGAUAUUGUCCGUAUGUAUGUAUGUAUCUAUACUCGCGAGAAUUGCAUCAGUGAAUUCGUGGCCUUCCGAGCUUCGUUCCAUUUUAGUUAUAUAAAAGGGAAGGUGUAUAAAACCUUUUGCAGUUCUGCGCACAGUCUCACUUCUUCAACUUCAACACUUCUCCAAAUUAUAAACCGGUUAAGGGCCUGUCGAUAUGAAGGUCUUUUUGUAUGUCUUGUGUAUGUUUGUGGCCUCAGUCAACAGUGGAUACACCCUCCCCGGGAGUGCUCUCAAUGAAGAAAUUGACUUUAAAGGCGAUUUCAGUGGAAACAAUUGGCAUAAAGUGAACCAAGAAGAUGGAGAAAGGUCAUUGACCACAGACUAUAAGAGCACCGAUGCUAUUGGUGAUUACGGUGGAGUAUUUGGAAGUGGCAAACCAAUUACCGAAGUGAUGCAAGAAGAAAGACAAUCUGAUGAACAUAUUGGUUUGGAUAGUCCAGACGAUUACAGCAAAUAUACAAGAUUUAUAGAAGAUGCCGGUGUUCUCGCGAGUAAAGAUGCCUCUAGCACUGGUUGGUAUGGUAUUCCCGGUGAUAGUAGUGACUUCAGCGGACAUAGCCGUGAGCAGCAAACGGGGAAAGAAGUUGGAACUGGAGGACUUGGGUCUUUUAGAACGCUCCAACCUCAUGUUGGUCCCCAUGAUCAUGUUCAUCACGAGGCUAUCGAAGAAUUCAGUGAGCCACUAGAAUUCAAAGCAGCAAAAGCUAUCCAUGGAGAAGACGGAGACGAUACAUUCAGAGCGUACGGAGGUUUCACUGGGAUCAAUGCCGGUCAAAGCAAUUACGAUGCUGGCGAACAACAAACAACUCAUUUUGGUGAGAACCAUUCAGACCAUCACGAAGACAAUAAAGCAGAAUUUAAUAUUUUUAACACUCAUAUUGAUCAAUAUGAUCAUGGAGAUAACACCGAUCACAACCAAUUUGGUGCAUACGGAGAAUUUAUUGGACACCAAGGCGAGGAUUAUAGUCACGGUUAUCACGAAUACGGUGGCUUUAACUUUGACAAAACCGAGUUUGACGGUUAUGAAAACAAAUUCGACGGUUACAAGUCUGAUGGUAGCCUUUCAGAUGUUGCAUAACACAAAGUGGUUAAGAGUGUCACUAAUGGUGUUAUUGUUAAAUUAUAAAUCGACAUAAAAUAAAAUGAAUUUUUAAUUUAUAAUUGCAUAACUAUUUAAGUCCAAUAUACAUAAUACAUUUUACAAAUAAUUACAACACUUUUUUAAAUUAAAUUUGAAGUAAUACCAGAUGAGAUCUUAUGUGGCGCACCAUCAUAUGUACAACCAGUAGUGAUGAAUUCGUUUGAAGCUUUCGCUUGAUUGCUUGGGAUACAGAAUAGUCUUUCGCCUAUUCGUCGAGCGUUUAGGUUCAGCAGAAGGACGAUGUUGAGUCUUGUCUACUUUCAAAUCCAACACGUGCUCACCUUCAUCAUCGUACAAGUGAAAUAACUGGAUAUUCUGCUGGGAAAGCGCCGAAAGUGACUGCUUUCGUAAAGUUGACGAUCUACUUUUUGGAUUGAUGUAAUUAUGGCGACGGAAAUUGACGGACGUCCUCCGGGUUUGUCCAAACAUUUGAUCUUGAUACGGCAAUGGAGGAAACUUAAAAGGCUUUUCUACAGCAAUACCUUUGACAUUCUUCAAGGAGUUUCGACGAUGGCUGUGUGGUUUUUGUUCCAUCUGCAAUUGUUGAAUCACGCCAAAGGGAAGAAGAUCUGGGGUCGCGCCGGAAAACAUUCCCAUGCUUAAUUUCGCCGCAGUCUUAGGAAUUUUGUAAACAACGGAAACAACAAAAACUGCUAACGAUGUUUUGAGUAUUCUUGUUUUAGAAACCAUAACGGUGGUUGAAAAUUAUAAAUGAGAUAAAACGCUGCCGUUAACUCGAAGAGUGGCUGCGCUUCUUAAUCAGUAAACGUUUACCAAAUCUCGGACUCAAAUAUUGGUAUAUCGUGCCGCGUUCACGUUGCGCUU